AUGGGAUGCAGGUUCCCCCUGAAGGACGGCUGGCUGCAGGCCUGGCUGCGGCACAUGGGCCGUGACUGGGUGCCCAGCUGCCACCAGCACCCGUGCAGCGAGCACUUGGCGCCCUCCUGCUCCCAGUGGCGCUGGGGCGUGCGCUACCUGCCCUCCAUCUUCUCCCGGGUGCCACCGGGCAAGGUGAGCGCUGGCCGGCGGACCAGCCGAAGGCCGGAGGAACCAGCUGCGCCGCUGCCGCGAGAGACCGCAGCCCUGCCCCGAGGCCCCGGCCCGGCCUCUAACCCGGUGCACCUGUUGGUGCUGGGGCCCGCAUCCCGGGUCUCGGAGGCGGCGGCCACCGUGCUCCUGACCCCGCUGCCCCUUCCGCCCACUCCCGCGGGGCCGCGCCCUGGCGUCACUGCCCAGCGCGCCGGGGUUGGGCUGGGCGCGGUGUUGGGAGCGCUGCAGCGGCGGGUGCGGAGGCUGCAGCGGCGCCACGCGCGGCACCAGACGCAGCUGGGGCGGGCGCUGGAGCAGCUGGCGCAGCAACUGCGCGGGCAGAGCCUGUUGGUGCGGGCGCGCCGGGGCCUGGCGCCGGCGGCGAGUACCAGCAGUCAGCUGGGCUGUAGCAUGGCUGCUUCCCCUGGGGCUCUGAGACUGGGGGCCUGGUUCCUGGGACCUGAGGAAUCCCAAAUCGUCACUGUCAUCUGUGGAGGGCCUGACGUAGCUGUGGUCCUGGCCCAGGGCCCUGAAGCUCCCAUGCUGGCUGCCAAGCCUGAGCUCCAGGCCACUCGGCCCCCCAGUGCAUAAGGCCCAGCACGGAUGCUGUGGAGAGACAAAAGACAGAAGAUGGAGGACAGGAGACGCCUUGUGCCUGGGCUUGGCCCAGCCCUGCUGCCUGUGUCUGCGGAGCAGCAGAGCCUCCCUCCAGCACUCGACUUCCACCACCCCCUCCUGGAGACCCCAUGAACCUUAGAGGGGACCUGAACCCAAGUCCCCUGAGUACCUGCCCCUGCCACCCGCAGCUCCAAUCUUUCUAGUCAGUAACAACCCCUGAGCAGAACCAGGGUUGGGGUUUGGGGACUAGAGAGUUGCACCUGGCCCUGCUGAGCCCCUCAUGCCCUUUGCCGUGCUCAGUGCCAAGCUGGGGACCCAGCCGUGUGCAUGGCCGGAAAGCAUCCCUGCGCACAGGGGGCUUGCAUUUAGCUUGGGCAGAAGAGGAGCUGGCAAACUAAUAAACCAGGUCGGUUCAGAGUGUGAUAAACGCUGUAAGGACUGAGUGGAAGUGUAACUGAGAGGCGAGUCGGGGGAGAGGGCUCCCCGGGGAGGUGACGUUGGAGCAGAGACCUGGCUGAUGAGUGGGAGCUGGCCUGGAAGGCGUGUGGGCCAGCCGUGCAGGGGAGGCGCAGCUCCUCAUGCCCAGCCCAGUGUUGCUGUGAACACUGAAGGAAGGAAGGGUGGGGGCAGGGGGACAACUUUAGACAGAGCAGAGAGGGUGUCAUUGAAAAGACACCAACACGA